AUGCCCUGGGAAGACCUCAUUGACCGGGCAUAUAAGGACGCCCGCAACCACAAGACGCGCCUCGUCCGAAAGAUUCUGCGGAAUGGUCACCGCCAGCGCGUGCAGGAGAUGACCGAGGACGACCGCGGCCUCUGGAAGCUCUCGAAAUGGGCCAGGAACCGAUCUACCGGCCCCGCCACAACCCCUACCCUAGAAUCCCAGGGCCAGUCUAUGCGUACACCGAAGGCGAAGGCGGCCGCCUUUCGCGAGACCUUCUUUCCACGCCCACCACCGGCGGACCUCUCCGAUAUCGAGACAUUCUUGUAUCCGGAGGGGCUCCCGUUUCCGCCGGUGACGGUGGAAGAGGUCCGACACGCGAUUAAGCGGGCUCCAGCGGAUAAAGCACCCGGGGACGACGGGAUUCCGAAUCGGGUGCUCCACUGGGUCCUGCCAGUCAUCGAUAUAUAUCUCACUAAUCUUUUCAACGCUUGCCUCCACGCAGGCUACAACCCACGGCACUUUCAGGUAUCGGUCACGACGGUCCUCCGCAAGCCGGGCAAAUCUAAAUAUACCGAGCCAAAGGCCUUCCGGCCGGUGGCGCUCCUGAACACUAUAGGAAAGGCGCUAGAGUCAGUCGUGGCUCAGCGGCUCAGCUACGCAGUAGAGCGGUUCCGGCUGCUCCCGAAGAACCACCUCGGCGGCCGGAAAGGUAUCUCCUGCGAGCAUGUCCUGCAGAUCGUCGUGGACCGCAUUACGAAGGCGUGGCGGAAGGGACGAUCCGUCUCGCUUCUUCUGCUAGACGUCUCUGGUGCGUACGACAAUGUAUCGCACCGCCGGCUCCUUCACAAUCUUCGGAAGCGCAAACUAGGCCACUUCGUGCCCUGGAUUGCGAGCUUCCUCUCGAAUCGCUAUACGCGGAUCCGCAUGCCCGAACACGUCACCGAGCUCUUCCCAACGACUACAGGGAUCCCCCAGGGGUUUCCGCUUUCGCUGAUUCUCUACCUUUUGUACAACGCGGAUCUGAUUAGUAUCUGCAAUUCCCCGACCCAAGGACUGACGGUCACGGAGGCGUAUGGCUACGUCGAUGACGUGGCUCUGCUCGCCGAGGCCUUCAGUAUCCGGUCCGCCACACGGGCCCUGCAGGCAGUCUACCCACAUGCGCGGCAGUGGGCGAGCCAACACGGAUCGGUCUUCGCGCCAGCGAAGUACGAGCUCGUCCACUUUCCCCGGCCAGUUGGCGGGGAGUCUCAGCUGUGCGAGAACGCGCUAUACCUCGACGAGGAGGAUAUUACGGUCCAGCCGAGCUCGGCGGCUCGCUAUCUCGGGGCCUGGCUGGAUUCAAGGCUCGACUUCACCGUGCAUUGCACUAAGAUGCUUCAUCGGGCAGAGGCCUGCCUAGAGGCGCUACGGGGGAUCGCGGGAUCCACGUGGGGCACGUCUCUGGAAGACCUCCGCCGCGUUUAUCAAGCCAUGGUCGUGCCUACCAUGCUGUACUGCUCCUCGAUGUGGUACAAUCCAUGGCGGCUCACGGCCUUGGCGGCGGCCAAGCAGGCGCGCCAGCGCGCAGUCAUGCGCUUUACCAACAUUCAGAAGCGUGCAGCGAUUCUAAUCAGCGGCUCGUUCCGCGUAGUCGCUGCGGAGGCGCUAAACAUAGAACUCUUUCUCACACCGAUCCCGCUCCUGCUCGAGCAGCGGGCGGAGGAAGCAGGGAUUCGGAUUGCGACGGGACCGCGUAUCGGGCGACCGAGAACGGUCGUCGGCGCCAGCCCGCGGCGCCGGAAGGCGUUCGCAGAGCGCACCUUUAUGGAGGCGUUCGCCGCGACGAUGGGGCGACUGGGCCACCACUCGUGGGAGCCCCGGGUCUCCUUUAUACGGGAUCCCUGGCAGCCGCGGCCGAACACGGUCGUGGAAGACCGGGAGCAGGCGCUUCAGAGCCAUCAGGAGAUGCGCUCUGCGUAUUUGGGGGUAGAGACCAAGCAAACUGUGUACGCGGCCGAGCUGCGCGGCCUCGCCGAGGGCGCACAGCUCGCGCGCCCCACAGCCAGGCCGCUAUCUCCGCCCUUCGAGGCGGGGGGCGGACCUCUGGCCAAGUUUAUCUCAUACAUGCCCUGGAGGGGCUCGAACGACUCAGCCAACUGGCGAACCCUACGGUCGAGGUUCGGUGGGAUCCCGGCCCAUGCGAGGGUCCCAGGCAACGAGGUCGCCGACCAGUUGGCCAGGCAGGCCGCGCUCCGCGGCCUUGACCCAGCGCAGAGCGGCGCCGACUACUUAUUGGCGUCGGCGGCCAAGUCAGCCACGCGCCAGAGGAUUAUGGAUAAGUGGCUGCGACAGUGGCGGCUUCUGUCGGUAGCCAACACUGCACGGCCGACUAAGCGGCUCCUUCCAGGAUCAGGCUGGCAGUCCCUACGGCUCUACCAGAAUCUCACGAAGCUGCAGAGCUCAGCCCUAGUUCAGAUGCGGACAAUGCGAAUCGGGCUCAACCACUACCUCUUUAAGAUUAAGCAGGUAGAAUCAGACCGGUGUUCCUGCGAGGAGGGAUCGCAGACACCGAAGCACGUCUUAACUGUCCCAAGUUUAGUGCGCUCCGCCUAG